AGCUUCCCUCCCUGCCUGGUUCCUGCUGCCUCCGGCGCUGCUUCUCGGGGCGAUGGGGGCGGCGGUGUUCUUCGGCUGCACCUUCAUCGCCUUCGGGCCGGCCUUGGCCCUCUGCCUGCUCACCGUGGCCGGGGACCCCCUGCGCGUCAUCAUCCUGGUGGCUGGGGCCUUUUUCUGGCUGGUCUCCCUGCUCCUGGCCUCUUUGAUCUGGUUUAUUUCGGUGCAUCUGAGCGACCGGGAAGAUGGGCGUCUACAGUACGGCCUUCUGAUGUUCGGGGCAGCUGUCUCAGUCUUGCUCCAGGAAGCCUUUCGCUUCGCGUACUUCAAGCUCCUCAAGAAAGCUGACGAAGGGCUGGUGACCAUCAGCGAAGACGGCCGGUCUCCCAUCUCGAUCAAGCAGAUGGCAUAUGUCUCGGGUCUCUCCUUUGGAAUAAUCAGCGGGGUCUUCUCCGUCAUCAACAUCCUUGCGGACUCCAUUGGGCCAGGCACCGUGGGGAUCCAUGGGGAUUCACCCCAUUACUUCAUCACUUCAGCCUUCCUCACGAUGGCACUGGUUUUCCUACACACGUUCUGGGGCACGAUCUUCUUCGACGCCUGCGAGAAGGGCCGCUACUGGACUCUGGCGUUGGUGGUCGUCAGUCACCUGGUCACGUCCGGCUUGACGUUUCUAAAUCCUUGCUACGAAGCCAGCCUCAUCCCCAUCUUCAUCAUCACUUUCUCCAUGGGGGUCUGGGCCUUCUUCACGGCCGGAGGUUCCCUGAGGAGCAUCGUCACCUGCCUGUCAUGCCGGCGGAAGGAAGCUGACCAAGUGAUGGUCUACUCUGCACUGCAGCUUCCUGUGGAGGACUGAGCCCACCCUUUUUGAGCAUCCUGGAUCUGAGGAUGCUCCUGAGGACCACCCAAGUGCCCUUCUGUUGGCUGCAGCCUCUGCCAAUCAAAUCCACACCCUCUCUCUUCCCUCCCCCACUGUCUGGGAGGCACAAGUCCAGAGUCGACCCUCCUAGCCCAAGGGAUGAUUCCUUUGGCCCGAACUGACAGCUCUGAUGGCAGGAUGUUAACUACUCCAAGAAGUGCUCAUUACAUAUUCCAUGUGGUUGGGAAUUCAAUAUUCCAUGUGGUUGGGAAUUCAAUAUUCCAUGUGGUUGGUUUCCCUACCGUCCCUCCAGUGUGUGUAAGGAGGUAUAUUUUCUUGACUCUGAUCUGCAAGAGGGAGAACGUCGGUUAAUCUCUUAAGCAGUUUCAUCUUUCCGGUAGAGGCUAACAAGGCCACGUAAUUUGUCCGAUGUUUUCUUGGGACACACAAUUUUUUGGAGCCAAAAUGAGCCCCUUUUCCCUCUUCUUCAACGUCAGGGAGCUCAGGAUAUACAACUAACUAGUUCUCUUUCUGGGAUGUGUGAUGUUGACGUAAAAGUGGUGUGAAGUUAGCUGUGCCUAGGCUAGCCACCCAUUUCUCCUGGUUGGCAACUUUGGCCAGAGGGCCAAGAGAGGAGAGCAGGCCUGCUCGACCACAAUCCACCCUCCUCGAAUGAAGGAAUUCCCAUCACCAUCAUAAUAUCAACUGGAAGCUGGUUGGAGCUGUUCAAGAAGGCCCGGAUUUGGCCCUGCUGCUGUGAGUCGCUGAUUCUGCUCUAAUCUGCAAAGAGAGCACGAUCCCCUUAAGUGACCAGGUUACUCUAGAUCAA